AUGCUUCUGAACCCAGAGAGCCGAAGGAAUACUCCAAGAACCCCGAACCUAAAAGAAAAUCAUCCAGAAAUAGUGUUAGUAGAGCAAAAAAAAAAUAGAACACAAUUAACGAAAGACUUACCAGGAACAUCAAAGAGAUGCUUCAAAAACCCAGAGGGCCGAAGAAAUACUCCGAACCUAAAAAGGAAUCAUCCAGAAAAGAUUGAUGUUCAAGAACCCGGAGAGCUGAAGAAAUAUUCCAAGAACCCCAAACCUAAAAGAGAAUCAUCCAGAAAUGAUGUUAAUACUUCAAAAACCCAGAGAGCCAAAAGAAUACUCCAAGAACCCAAACUUAAAAGAGAAUCAUCCAGAGAAGAUGAAAAAAAAGAAAAUAAUGUUAGUGUAAAAAAAAAAAAAACCUUCCACUUAAUGAUUAACGAAAGACUUACUGAAAACACUGAAGAAAUACUACAAAAACCUGAGCUUGAAAGAGAAUCAUCAAGAAAAAACGUUAGUAGAGUGAAGAAGAAAAAAAAAACCUUAAUUAAUGACUUACUGGAAACGCCAAAAGAAUACUCCAAGAAACCAAACUUGGAAGAGAAUAACCAAGAAAGAAAAAAAGU